AUGGCUCCCAUUCCCACAGCUUGUGAGCUUGGGAUGAAAGUGCCCAAACAGGCAUCGAAUCUGCAAGUUUCUGAUGUCCGAUUAGAAUCUCUAGCCAGAGCCUCGUGGAGACAUGAAACUCGUCAGAAAGUUGUCACCUUCGGGCUAAAGCUCUCGCGUGUGUAAAACAUGAAAGUCUUCGAGUUCCGAUGUUUCUCUCAGAAGUCAAGAAUAACCUCAGUUUCAACGUUUUAAGGUGUAUAUGCAACUUGUCAGAACUAUGGAGUUCCCUGGCUGUCCUGUAAAUCUAUUGCAAAGUGGGCAACUGAUGAAUGUCAAAAUUCGACUUGGCGCCAAUUUGGGGCAGCAGUUUCAGCUUCUUACGUUCAACAUGUGCUGAAGAGAUUUUAUAUUCCAGACGAAGUUCAAGGUAUGUACAUAGUUACCGAAAAUAUGGAGAAUAAUACACGCACAAACACUCUGAUAGUCCUUGUUUGUCUAAAAUUAACAGUGUUUAGGGUAACUUAAUGUUCUGGUUUAAAUUUCCUGUUUAAUUUAGAUAACCACAGUCCUGGUUAAUUUGAUCACUAUCGUGGCUGAUUUAACCAGGAUUCCCGGUUCAUUUAAUGGUUCUAUAAGGUUGAUUUAACCAAAUCAUGUUAGGUGGAUUAAUAACCAGGAAUUCUUGGUUGAUAAUCAACGUACCAUAAUCUGGUUAAUCCAACCAUAUAGCCCGGUUAAAUCAACCAGGGAUCCUGGUUAAAUUAGCCAGACCCAUGAUCAAAUUAACGAGAACUGUGGUUGGUUGAUUAUAACAAUGAAAGACAAUAAAACUAUCGAACUAAUCUAAAGAACGAGUCACGAACAAUGAUCAGCUAGUUUUGUUUCGGAUUAAUUGCUGAAAGCCAAUCACAAAACAUGAUCAUUUUAGGUAGGUCUUUAUCCAUGUGUUUAAAUUAACCAGGAAAUGUAACCAGGAACAUUAACUUACCCAAAGCAAUGUUAAUUUUAGAUUAAGCAGGCAUUUUUAACUAGGGUGUUUUUAGAGUGUACACGGAUGUGCGGAAAUAUGAAAUUGAUUUCGAGUGUUGACCAGAAUACAUUUGUCCACACGAGAAAUAAAUUUUGUAUUUCCGAGCGUCCAUGUAUUGUUCUGUUUAGUUAGUAUACAAAAAAUUGUCCAAUUACCUUGCAAAAAUAGCAUUAAUUUAAACUAUAAUGCUAACUCAGCGAAGAUCAAUAAAACACUCCCUUUGUUACAAUAUAAUAUUAUAACCUCAACUUUAAAUUGUCCAAUCAAAAAACAGCGUUAAAAUUGGGCCAUAUGACGUUGAGAUUUUUUACCCAAUUCUAUGAUUACAUAAUGCAGCUUGAGAUAUCAUCUGCCGAUCGUUAGGACUAACAGUUGAAGGUUUUUGUAGAUGGAAAUUUCAAGCGGAAGAUUAUAUAGAAUUUUAUACUUAACCAGGAACAGCUGGGAAAAAUACAACUAUAGACCCUCUGGCAGGAAUCGAACCUGCGAUUCCGUUGAAGCGCUCUAACCAACUGUGUUACAGAUUUCAGUUGUUGAGCUCAAACCAGAAGUUCGUGUAUAUAUAUAUAUAUAUACAAUAUGGUGGGUGAUUUAUCUCCUGAACGAAUGACCCCUCCUCCCCCUCCCCACUCCAAUUGGUGUACUAACACCUUUUUUGUAACGACUAAACAUAAGCUAGUGCUUCACUGCUUUUUGCUCUUUCACCUUUAGUCCAGCAUGGAACGGCUAAAGUUUAACCGUGUUUUCUAUAUUUGACCACAGUGUUUGACAAGUCCGUGCCUAACCCCUGCCUUCCUCCCAUGGUGCCCCAUUUCAUUGGUCGACAACAGGAAUGUGAAGAUAUCUUGCGUGUGUUGACGUCCACAUCUGCUCAGGUAGUCUCUGCAUCUGGACCCCCUGGUUUUGGCAAAACCUCAUUGGCAAUUGCAGUAGGACACCAACUUAGACAGCUCGGAGUACCAGUUUAUUUCCUUUCCUUGAGAAGCGUCAAAACAGCGGAAGAACUGAUCUCUGACCUCUUAAACACCUUUGCACAUACGUCUUCUGAUCUAACGGGGCGAGAGCGUUCAAAACUAUGCGGACUCCUCAGUGCAAUUCCUUCCAAUAUUUGUAUCAUACUCGAUAACGCCGAUGACCUUUUUGAGAGUAGUGGUGAAACGAGCCAACAUGUUUUAGACCUACUGGAAAAGAUCUUUUCUCAUUGCAAGAAUGUAUCUUUUCUACUGACCACAAGGAUAAGUCUUCAAUCGGUGCUAGGAAGAAAAUUUGCUGGUCACACUUUUGUCGGUGUUGCAUCGCUAGAGAGAAAAUCGUCACAAAUGUUUGUUCAAGAACUUGUCCCUCCUGCUGGUGAAAGUGAAUGCUGCAGAGUGGCUGAGGUUUGUGGAGACGUUCCGCUAGCCAUCAAGCUUUUGUGCGGUCAAAUCGUUGACGAGAAGAAAAGUAUAUCACAAUUCCUUGACAACUUUAGCCGUUCUUCAAAAAAGCUAGCAGACUUGUUAGACGAUCCAGAUGCGCCUAAUGAUCAACGUUUUAAGGUCUUAUUUGAGUCUUAUUUCAAAAGGCUAUCUCGAGAAGAGCAAGAAGGGUUUGUUUGUCUUACAGUUUUUGUCAGUGAAGUGUUCGACGAGCAAGCUGCAGUAAACGUCAUCGGAGGAGAUGAAGACACAGCAAAGAAAACUUUGUUGAGGCUUAAGAGAAAAUCGUCGGUUGAAGCAAAUUCAUCCGUAGCAGGACUGUUUUCUUUUCACCCUCUGAUCAGGUCAUUUGGUUGCGAAAAAUCAGCUGAUGACCUGAAAGAAAUUGGUCGCGAAGCACAAAGGCGAUUCGUUAGUUAUUACGUCAAGUUGUUUGAAGAUUUAAACAACCAGUUUCUCGCUGGAAAUUCUCUGCUCGCAUUUCACGAUUUCGAAUUUAACAAAGAAAAUAUGGUGCAUAGUCUCUCCGAAGGUCUUGAAAACGGGGCUGUCUGCCACGCAAUUUUCGAUAUUCUUUCCGAUGCGGAUCUGUUUCUGGACACUAUUUUCUACUUUCAUCAUUACCAGAUUGUUCAAGAAAUUUAUAAAUUAGCAAUAGCGAAGGCAAAAGAGCAGCGUAAAUUUAAAGCUGUGCACCAACUGCUAAUUGCUAAAGCUUUUGGUGAAAUAACCUGGCGUGAUGGAGCUACAUUGACAAUACUAAAAGAGGCCGAAGAAAUAGAGAAGCAAAAUCCUCUCCUUCCUUCAGAAGUUGCCAUGGGAAAACGAAUGUGUUACCGUGGUAUUCACUUGCUAAUAUAUAAAGCGACAGCGAAAGGUGGCGAAAUUCUUGAAACAGGGGUAUCUCUGUUGAGUUCUGAAAAUACUGUUCUUAAGGUUUUAUGCUCCCAGAUUCUUGCUUUGAUUACUCCUCACGCACAAAAGUCUUCCUACUACUGGAACAGUGUUUUAACUGAAUGCGCUAACAGACUAUCCUUGUAUGCUUUCUUCAAAGCUAUACAAGAAGAUGAUUGCGCAGACGAGAAUGAGCAUGAAAACCCAAACGUUUUAAGUCAACCACUCAUUUUGCCGCUUGCUCUUCUCAUCAACCAUAUUGUGGAAUGCUAUGACAUGAAGGUGGUAAUGUUUAAACUUGGUUUGCAAAUCUCGCAGUUACAGAAAACAGUCGAAGCCGAAGUACAGAACGACCGUCUAUACUUGCCACUACUCUUCAUCGUUGAAAACACCCUGGCAAUGGUGAAAAUAAAGCAACAGGGUCCAUCAGCGAUGCAAUUCGCUCUUGAUAAUUUUAUAGGAGAAUAUGGUCGGCUAAACUCGGACACAGCCGCAAGGUACCGUACCAAUGGAUUAAUUUUAUACGCGCAGAAGAAUUAUGACGCUGCUUUGACAUGUCUUUACGCAUCACUAGACAUCAGACUAAAACUUUAUGGGCUCAACCAUGCAGAAAGCGCCGACAGCUAUUACCAGAUUGGAUGUAUCCAACUUCGGAAAGGAGAUUACGAGUUAGGAUUGCAAUCGUUCGAGAAAGCACUUGAUAUCAGAAAAAAUCUUCACGGAAAAAUUCACCUAGACGUCUCCCGUGCUUGUUUUUAUAUUGGAAUGACAAACUAUCACUUGAAAGAGUACGAUUCAGCUCUGCAUUGGUUCGAGCAAGACCUGAAUAUUAGCGUGGCGCUGUAUGGAAAGGAACACCCAGGUGUCGCUUACAGCUACAGCUGUAUUGCAGAAUGUCAGUGCGAAAUGCAAGAUUAUGACGCAGCUCUGGAGUCAUGUCAACAGUCACUUGAUAUCAGGAUAAAGCUCUUUGGACAGGAGAGCGAAGCUACAAGCGACAGUUAUGACCAACUGGAAUUUAUACGAAGUCUAGAGAAAGUUUGCGAAUCGCCUCUCGAGCUACAGAGCAAAAAUUCUUGA